AUCAUCAAUCGUAAAUAAACUUACCAUGGCGGAAGCUACUGCGCAAAGUUAUGUUUUCUUCGUAGCUGGCUUCGAAACCUCCUCGAUGACAGCAACGUUCGCUCUCUAUGAAUUGGCUCUACAUCAAGAUAUACAAGAAAAAGUUCGCAAAGAAAUCGACGAAAUAUUGACAAAAUAUUGUAACGAUUUGACUUAUGACGCUGUGAACGAAAUGGCAUAUCUUCAUAAAGUAGUAAACGAGACUAUGAGAAAAUAUCCACCUCUUCCAAUGUUGAAUCGUAUCUGCACUAAGGAACUAAUCUUACCAACAACAAACAUUUGUGUACCAGAAGGGACAUUAGUAACUAUACCGGUGCUUGGUCUGCAUCGAGAUCCGUCGAUAUACCCAGACCCAGAUAAAUUUGAUCCUGAGCGAUUUAACGCAGACAAAAUAGAAAAACGGCAUCCUUACACUUAUUUACCAUUCGGAGAAGGUCCACGAAACUGCAUUGGUUCGCGAUUUGGCUACGUACUGACGAAAGUUGGACUCGUGAGUCUGCUGUCGAAAUACAAAUUUAAACUUGAUCCUCGGACACCGGUUCCGCUUGUUUUUCACGAAAAAUAUCUUACUCUUGCAGCAAAAGAUGAUGUGUAUCUUAUUGUCGAGCCACGAUAAAAUAAUUGUAUUCUUGCAAAAUAUUAAAAAUAAAAGAUAUGUCAUACACAACAAA